AACAACUUUGUCUGUGGGGGGAGAUUGUGAACCAGGCUGGGCCAAAUUCGGAAGGAAGUAACCGCUGAAGAAGAAAUUCGCAACCAAAGUGUGCGGAGAAUGAGAAAAUCGAUGUGAUGUUUGAACGAUUCUCCAAAAUCAUUAAUGAUCUCCAUGUUCUCAAGAAGACGUACACAGACAAGGAGCUUGUGGGAAAAAUCCUGCGGAGUCUCACACCGGAAUGGCGCUCCAAAGCCGAUGCCAUCCAAGAGUCCAUCGGCAUCACAAAUGUCACCAUCGACGGGCUUAGAGGUAACCUCAAAACCUAUGAGUCUACCAUUCUUUUCCCCUCUUUAGGUGAACAAAAGAAGAAGGGGAUUGCACUCAAGGCUUCCACGAGCCAAGAACCCGUCGUGGAGGAAUCAAGCGAUGAAGACAACGAGUUCGGGCUCGUUAUCAAGAAAUUUCACAAGUUCAUGCGCAAGGAGUAUGAACGAAAGAGCAAGAGGCAUGGAGGACCACCCAAGUGCUAUGGGUGUGGAGAAGUUGGGCAUAUCAAACCAAAAUGCCCAAAUGCCAAGAAUGGGAAGGAGAAGAAACCAUUCAAAAAGCACCGAGCGUACAUUUCGCGGGGAGGUGAUUCCGGCAACAAGUCAUCGGAAGGCGAAGAAAAUGAAAGCGCCAACCUUUGCCUCAUGGCACACGAGGAACCACCGGAAGAGGUAUGUACCACUUCUAAAGAUUCUUACACUUUUGAUGUACAAGAAGCCUUUAAUGAACUUUAUGAUGAAUAUGUCAACGCUUCUAAAAUUAACAAGGAUUUGAAGAAACAACUUACUUCCAUGGAGAAGGAAGUUGAUAAACUAUCAAAAGAUAAUGAAAAACUUAAAGAAGAAAACAAGUUUUUCAGAAAAAGAAGCGCCAACAAACUGGAAAGUUCAAAAUGUAGCUCUUGUAUAUCACUUAAGGAACAAGUUGCAAAACUUGAAGGAACUUUGAAGAAGUUUGGUGUUUCUCAUAAAAACCUUAAUGAUGCUCUUGACAAUUUGCAACUUACUAAACAUGGCUUAGGGUUUGAAAAUGAAACCAAUAAUAAUAAGGAAAAAGUUGAGCAACCACCUAAACAACCUAAGGCUCAACCUAGGAAAACUAAAAUGAGCAAUAAUAGACAACCUACAACAACUAGGAACACUAGACCACCUAGAAAGAACACCAGGAUAAACAAUGAUUUGUUGGAGAACAUCUAUCUCAACGACAAUGACGAAGGAGACAACUCAAAGGAAAGCCAAGAUGAAGAAGUAGAGCCACCCAUAAACGAGGAACAACCACAAGAGGAGGAAACGCCAAUGCCAAGGGCAUGGAGGACUUCAAAGAACCAUCCUCUUGAUAAGGAGGACAAAGAAAGCGUUCCCGCACCAGCAAGAACGUGGCUUCAACUUCGACAGCCUCGUCCACAACGUCAACCAAGGGAUGCUUCUUCAAACACCCCUUCUCUUGCCGAGCAAAUGGCCGCCUUGACCGCCACUCUCUCUCGGAUUGACACCAACGUCUCCCAAACGGCCCAAAAUGUCAAUAUUUUGAGCCGAUUAUCGUCGGAAGAUAAGAGAAAGUUAUCAAUGAACGCAAAGGCAAUCAACAUCCUCCAUUGCUCUCUCGGCCCCGAUGAAUUUGCACGAGUAUGCUCAUGCAAAACGGCCAAGGAGGUAUGGGACUUGCUACAAGCUACUCAUGAAGGCGACGUCUCAACUAAGCAAACGAUGAUUGCCCUUGAGAAUUCCGAAUACGAAUCUUUCAAGAAAGGGCCAUGCGAGACGAUCCAAGACAUGAACAAAAGGUUCAAUGAGAUCGUCAAUAAGUUAAAGAACGAUUUCCCCCCUUCAGUCACUAGGCUCCACCUUCGUCAUCUUCUUGCUCCUGGAAUUGCCUUUCCGUUAAGUGCAAACAUUUGUAGCCCAGCCCUGGAACAAAAAGAUCAAAUGGCAUCAAGAAUGUUCAACGCAAGGGUUACCGAGGGACAAUCAACCACGAGGCCACCUUUGUUCGAUGGAACAAACUACUCGUAUUGGAAGGAGAGGAUGAGAAUCUUCAUCCAAUCCAACGGCUACAAGCUGUGGUUGAUUGUGAAGAACGGUUGCAGGAUUCCGAUGAAGGAGGUCGAUGGAGUCUACCUUCCCAAAACCAAAGAAGAGUUUGACGAGAACGACUUCAAGAAGAUGGAGCUCAACGCCAAGGCAAUAAACAUAAUUUAUUGCGGCGUGAAUGGAGAUAACUACCGGAAGAUAUCGCGGUGUGAAAUCACAAAGCAAAUGUGGGAGAAGUUGGAAAUCACCUACGAAGGAACCACCCAAGUUCGGGAGGCUAAAAUAGACCAACUCCCCCACGUGUACGAGUUGUUCUCAAUGAAGGAGAACGAGAAGGUGGAAGACAUGUUUGAGAGAUUCUCCAACAUCAUCAAUCCUCUCAACCUUCUCGGAAAAGUCUACACCGAUCGAGAACUUGUAAGGAAGGUGUUGCGGAGCUUGCUUGUCACCGAAGUGCCGUUCAAAGGUGGACGCAAUCGAGGAAGGGCGCGGCUUCCAAACGAUGACUUAUGACUCUCUUCGAGGAAAUCUCAUUACCUACGAAACCACUCAAUUUUCAAAAGUGGUUGAAGAGAAGAACAAGAAAAGCCUCUCUCUUCCCGCAACAACGUCAACCAACAACGUUGACGACGAAGAUGAUGAUAGCGAUGGCACCGACAUUGGACUCUUCGUCCGGAGAUUCAAGAAUAUGAUGAACAAGAAGGGAGCCAAGAAGAACACUCCACCCAAGUGCUAUGGGUUAAUGAAGUGACGUGAUCCUGGAGGCAGACGGAGGCGAGAUUGUCGGAAUGGAUGUGAUGGUUUUGAAUUAAAGAACAUAAAUAAAUUAUGUUUGUGAUUAUGAUUGUUAAGCUUCCGCAAUAUUGAAAACUCCGUACUGUUUAUAUUAUGAAAAAUAUUAUUGUGAUAAAUAAAAGUGUUUGAAAUGUUUUAAAUUUUUACGAUUACCAAGUUAAUACUUUAAUCUGAAAGGGGCUGCAGACCUAGACNUAUGUUUAUUUGCUACACGCAGGUUAAUGAAGUGACGUGAUCCUGGAGGCAGACGGAGGCGAGAUUGUCGGAAUGGAUGUGAUGGUUUUGAAUUAAAGAACAUAAAUAAAUUAUGUUUGUGAUUAUGAUUGUUAAGCUUCCGCAAUAUUGAAAACUCCGUACUGUUUAUAUUAUGAAAAAUAUUAUUGUGAUAAAUAAAAGUGUUUGAAAUGU